AUUUUUCGGUGGCAAUAAAUGGGAGACCAAAAUACCUUGAUAGACCUUGAUAAAACAAAGAAAAAAAGUCCAUCGGACGUGCGACAGUGUGUAACUCGUGACCAAUCUAUUCGAGGAGGAAUACGAUGAACCGGGCCAUUUGGACCAGAGCUUAAAACAAGUUGAUGUGUGCAUGAAAUGAAAUAAAUUCUCGUUAUAUCAAGUGCGGAAUAUUUUGCUCAAAGCCCAACUCCUCAGUCGGAGAAAACUUCGUGAACAAAAUCUUCCAAAUAAUAAUCAUUAGCUCUGUUCUCAAUAAUUUGCUGAAAGGAUAGAGAAACGAAGAAAAAGAGUGGACAACAGUCGUUCCGUGAAGUGAGUUGAGGAGAUUCUACUCACAGUGUACUUUUUUCUGUCCCAUGUUCACGGGCAUUAGGUCAAGAGUGCGUAUAACUAAAGUCAAGGGGGCACAGCGUGGCGAAUUCGCUUCGUUAGAACGAUCGCAUAAAAACUGGAAGUGCAUUAAAUUAUAAAAUUGGAUAAUCGAAAAUUCGAGGGGUUCUUCAAACCUGAAAAUCGAAGAUUCGCAAAUCAUAACUGCGUGAGAAGGGCCAUGAUUUUUAGCAAUAAUGUCGAGCUACCAUUAAGAGCCCGCAGAGCCCAAACUGUACGCUGCCGUUGUAGAAUGUUCGACAAUAAAAUCCAUGACGUUUAAUCGCGAAGCUGGCAAAUCGUUAGAGUUUCAUUACUAAAUUAGGACUCAAAGGAGCUCUCGAAAAUCUUUCAUUUCCGGCAAAUCUGGCGAUCUUUGCAAUUUGACCAUCGAUUGAUCUUCCUCCCCUGAUGACGAUCGAUUAUCACAGCAGACGAGGCUGACACCAAAGUUUGUCGCCCGUCGCGGUGGGAUAUCAAACGAAAUUGGAGGACACGAAGAAACAAGGUGGAGGGACGAGAAGUAACGAUAUUCGCGAAACGCGUAAAAGAGAAUCGCCCGACGAUAAGAAAAAUAAGAAGAUGAGGACGAAGAAAUAAGAGACACGAGUCGAAAAAUUAAGCGUUACGAGAGCAGGAGGAGAGGAGAGGGUGAAAAACGAGGAGAAGCGAACAAGAGAAAGAGACAUGAAAAGAAGAAACGAGAGCCAGCAAGGAGUAGAAGGAAGAAGUCCAGGAGGAGAAGCAGCGAGAAGCCCACUGAACACAAUAUUUCGCAGUAAUUUCGUGUCAGCAGAAGCAACGAGCCUUCUACCAACCUUUAUAACCGAAACCGAGCUCUCUAUCGUCUCCUCUCUGUGUCAGAUAUACUUAAUCAACGCUGUGCCCACUAGAUCGUGGAAGCGAGGAAACGUCGUAAACUCAACGCAGGUGAAUUGGGAGACGGAAGGAAAGAAGAAAAUGCAGGGUAGAAUGAUCGAUUGGUGGACUGCAGGAACGGUCACCUUGCUGACCUUACUCAUUUACGCAGCCUUCUUCUGGAAGAUUAACUGGGUCAGGAAUACCAAAGAAAACGUAAAUUCUCGUCGUACCCGUUAUGCGGGGGCGGGCAACCGCAAGGUUGGAAAAUUGCCACCCGUUUAUCCGAACGGUUGGUUCGGACUACUGGAAAGCAGGCAGCUCAAGCGGGGUGAGGUCAAACACGUAGCGGCUCUGGGAGAAAAUUUUGCAGUUUUUAGGACAGAAAAGGGCGACGUGAAAAUUUUACACGCUUACUGUCCUCAUCUCGGUGCCAAUAUCGGCGAAGGUGGUAAAGUCAAGGGCGAUUGUCUCGAGUGUCCUUUCCACAGCUGGCUCUUUCGGGGUGAUGAUGGUCAGUGUCAAAACAUUCCAUACACGAAGAAAGUUCCAGAAUCGGCGAAUACGAAGGCGUGGAAGUGCUGCGAAGUCAACCGAAUCAUCUUCGUAUGGUAUCACGCAGAAUCGGCUGAUCCUUACUGGCAAAUAGAACCAAUUGAAAAAAUAGCCAAUGGAGCUUGGUGGGACCAUGGCCGAAACGAGUAUUUUAUCAACUGUCAUAUACAAGAAAUACCGGAAAACGGGGCGGACAUGGCUCAUUUCAGUGCAGUCCACGGACCAGGAAUAUUUUUCAACAACUCCUUGUGGGGUUUUCUCAGGCAUUCUUGGACCGAUGCUACCUGGUCGACAAAAAUGUCACGAACGCUGGCGAGCGACGAACCGAUCGAAAAACUCGAAACGACCAUUUGCAACGGCGAUCAUUCGUCGGAAAAUCAUCGAGCUACAGGAACCCUGAAACACAGUACGAUCUUCUUCGGUCGUUAUUCCAUGCUCGAGCUCAAAGUAACAGCCAAACAGAUUGGGCCUGGCUACGUCGAGAUGUGGAUCGACACGAGAUUUGGACAAAUGUGCAUACUCCAGACCGUAACUCCGUUUGGACCUCUUUCGCAGCGCGUUACACACACCAUUUUCGCAUCGCCCUUUCUCGGACCAUACGCCAAAAUCGUUUUGCUCGGCGAGUGCAUCAUGUUCGAACGCGACAUGGCAGUGUGGAACCACAAAAAGUUUUUAAAACGACCCGUUCUCGUGCGCGAAGAUCGAGCGAUAAGCGCCUUUCGACGCUGGUUUGAACAAUUUUACACGGCAAAUAGUCCCACUUACGAAUCGACGAUGGCCCUCGAUUGGUGAAAAAUCCUAAUCGCGAAACAAUCUUCAUUUUUGUUUUAUGAAACACUUCGUUUUAUUACCACGAUUUUCGUACGAAUUUAUACACACACAUUCGAGAAGAAAGAAGUUUUGAAACGUUGUGGAAAAGGCCUUUCAAAAUUCGCUUGCCCGAAGAAUUCUUCAAUGAAGAAUUCUCGUUCGCUUCAAUAUGUUUGAAUUUUUAUUCCAAAUUUUCUGUUCCCUGCGAAAGUAUAAAAACUAUGUAAAUAAAUAAGAGUAAAGAGAGUGAAAAGAUUCUCAAGUUUUCAGCAAACUUCAGUGGAACGAUUAACUUUAUUUUAUUCACGCGAACAAUUCUCAUGAACUCGUGUUGAGAGAAAUUUUUAUUUAAACAGAUUGGCAACGCUUUUCGUUUAUUGUUGCAAAUCAACGAUCGCGGAAGUUGAAAAUCCUUGCUAAGCUUCUGGUAAAAUAAAAUGUUCGGUUGAUGUUAACGAUUCGGGACAAAAGACGAAAAAAAUCAUUUGCACUUGCGAGUAUUCGUGGGGGGUAUUUGAGGAUUUUUUUCUAGCGACUCCAAAAAUGUGAACGUACUUUUGGAAAAACUUUAAUGAAAGUGACAAGAGAACGAAAACGACGAAAAGUAUAAAAGUAAGAAAAAUUACGAAAAUCAUCGUUCCCAUGAAUUGUAAGUCUUUCUAACCUGAGUGAUUGAGAAAAUUGUAAAAUAUCCGAGUCUAACUAGUUUUACGAAUUUGUUUGUUUGUUCAAAUGUCUGGCAGGGAGAUUCGAGGGCUGCUGAAUUCGCCAAGCGUGCUCAGCAUUAACCAAAUAAAAACUGAGCUCUUGAAACAUCUACAAA